UUUAUUCACGUUUAUUCUUGUCUGAACGGCGGUCUCCUGCAGUCAGUGUUUCGCGGUAGUAUACGGUGGUACACGUAGCAAGAGCCGCUCACAGUGUGCUUUGUGACUUGCUACACAGUGUCACAUUCGUAUCUUAAUAAAUCCACCGUACGAGCCGGCAUUUGCCAGAAAUGAAGUAACGUCGAGCUACGAGAUUCACCCGUACAUGCCACGUUCUUCUUUACACACCAUAAAAUCACCAAGCAUUCGUGUGCUUAACGGCAGAUAACGUAUAUUAGUUAAACCAGGACACAUACGGACACAUUAAAAUGGAUAACAAAGCGCCGACGGAAAUGGACACUUUCCUGCCCCAAGAUGGGUCCAUGGAUGGUGUAUUGUCCAAAUACAAAGUGCAAGUCGCUAUACGAGAUAUAGAAACCGGGCAGGGUGAUGGAAAAAGCUUCGACCCCUUUAGUGAACGAAGAAUUGAUAACCCGACGACGGACGGUGAUACGUUAACACACUUACUAAAAGCAGCACUUGGAACGGGUAUAUUAUCCAUGCCAAUUGCUUUUAAAAAUGCUGGGCUUGUCGUCGGUGUAUUUGCCACAGUUCUAGUGGCGUUUGUGUGCACACAUUGUGCAUAUAUUUUGGUAAAAUGUGCACAUGUUCUUUAUUACAAAACGAGGCGCACAGAGAUGAGUUUUGCAGAUGUAGCAGAAGUAGCAUUUGCUACGGGGCCGCAAUGGGGUAGAAAAUUUUCAAAGCCAAUCAGGUACCUCAUACAGAUUAGUUUAUUUGCAACAUACUUUGGCACCUGCAGUGUGUACACAGUUAUCGUUGCUGCGAAUUUUAAUCAAAUUAUUAAGCAUUAUCAUGCGGAAUCUGAGAUCAGUCUCCGGCUGAUGGCAGCCUGUUUAUUGAUUCCAAUGAUACUCCUUAGUUGGAUUCCGAAUUUGAAAUAUCUUGCACCUGUUUCCAUGGUGGCCAAUAUAUUUAUGGGAUCAGGUUUAGGAAUAACAUUUUAUUAUUUAGUCUGGGACAUGCCACCCAUUACGUCUGUGCCUUUAUUCGCGUCCAUCGAGGACUUCCCACGAUUCUUCAGCAUUACUAUCUUCGCAAUGGAAGCAAUAGGAGUUGUAAUGCCAUUGGAAAAUAACAUGAAAACACCCCAACAUUUUGUUGGAAUUUGUGGUGUUCUUAAUAAAGGAAUGUCCGGAGUUACGCUUAUCUAUAUUUUACUCGGAUUCUUAGGAUAUGUAAAAUAUCAGGACCAAACUUUAGAUAGUAUCACAUUAAAUCUACCAACAGAAGAAGUAGCGGCUCAAGUUGUAAAAAUAUUAAUAGCUCUUGCCGUUUAUUGUACAUUUGGACUACAAUUUUACGUUUGCCUUGAUAUUGCAUGGAAUGGUAUAAAAGAUCGAUUUCAGAAAAAGCCACUGUUAGCAAAUUACAUUUUAAGAACAGUUAUGGUCACAGGAGCAGUCUUACUGGCUGUGAUUGUACCAACUAUCGAACCUUUUAUUGGAUUGAUUGGUGCAUUUUGUUUUUCAAUAUUGGGACUCCUAAUUCCUGUGUUCGUCGAAACUGUAACUUAUUGGGAUGUUGGUUUUGGACCUGGAAAUUGGGUAGCACUGAAAAAUAUAAUCAUAUGCAUCAUUGGUCUCAUGGCCUUAGUUUUUGGAUCUCGCAGCGCAUUAUUACAAAUCGCGGCACUUUACAGUUAAGAAAAAUUGGUUUUCCAAUAGAUAUUCCAAUAUCCCUAACUUCAGAACUGUUUGGGAGUCAUUUGACAGAUUUUAAUGCAAUAAAUUUCUGAUAAUUUUAUUCUUUUAUGCAGACAAUCAUGAAAAUCAAAAUCGGAUGUAAAUUUAAAAUAUUAAUUUAUCUUAUAAGAUAUAUUUAAUUAGAAAUUUGGAAAAAUUUAUAUCAAAGAUUUAGAUACAAUUAUAUUAUGCUUACAAGAAGUGCUCUAGUAAGAUAGAUUGAAUUUUAACCAAUAUAAUAUCAGUUGUUGUGCAAAUGAAAGCUUGAAGAAUGAGAAGUUCGAAAAGCGACAUUCGAUAUAGUCAAAAUAAUAACCUGUGCACAAACAACGUAUGUUAUAGGGUGAGGAAGGUUAUAUGAAAAGAUUUAAUGAUUAUCAAAUGACUAAUUUCA